GGGUAAAAACGUAAAUGACCUGUUUGCACAGGUAUCACAUGAGGUAAAUUCCGUUUUGCCGUUUUCCAACUUUCCAACCUCCCUUUCUCUCUCAUCAACUUACUUCUUCAUCUUCCAAGAAAGAAUUUAAAAUACAUAACUUCCCUCUCUCUGUAGACUCCUCCUUCUCUCUCUCUCUCACUCAAUUUCGCAUUGUUCUCACUUCGUUUCUGGGUUUCCGAUCGGUAGUAAGUGCUCGUUGUUUGGUGGUUGUUGUUCUGGCAUCGGCAUUGUUCUCUCGGUAACACAUCGGUUCUCUUAGAGGGGCAAAUGGGAUGAAAAAGGGGUGGUGCUUCUCGUCCAGCGGUUGGUAGUAGGGCGUAGUUGGGGCUCACAAUAUUACACAGGAUCUUCAAGAAGAAGAAGGUGUAAAUGUUGGUGAUAAAAGCCAGAAAGCGGUUACUGCUGGUAAAAGAAAAUUAACUGCAGAGAAGAACAUACCUGAUAAAAGCAGUAAAAAGAGGAAAGGACAAGGGGUUGAACCUUCAUAUCAAGUGACCUACAUGAAUGAGUUGCUUGCGCAAGGCAUUGGGGGGGGGGGGGGGCUGAACAAUUAGAAGAUUCAGAUUGGGGUGCAAGUGAAGAUGAUACAGAUAAAGGAAGUGAAGAAGAUGGAGGCGGUAGUGAUCAGGAUACUGAGGAUGAAGAGUUGCAGCAUUUGGACCGGAAAAUCAAUAAGGGCAAGGCUGAAGCGGCCAAGUUGAAGAAGAAAAUGGCAAAUGCUAGGGAAGCUAAAUUGAUAAAUGUUGUCAGGGCACGGGUGUUGGAUCCGCUAUAGGCGGCAGUUGAUAAUCGUCCGCUUGGAGUUAUUGUAACGGAGAAGGAGAGGGUAGUAGAUACCAAAUCACAUUUUUGUUCGAAGGUGUGUUUUGUCGAUAUUCAGUAAUUGAUUUGUGUUAUGAUAGUGGGAAAUGAAUGUGUGGUAUGACAAUUUGUGUUUACUGUUGUGUUGAACAACCUGCAAUUAUCAUAUGUCGCGUGGAUGCAUUUAGCAAGGUUAUUGAUGGACUAGAUCAAACAAGGAAGAAGGCAGUUCAAGAAAUGGGGUUUGGGUCACUUCUGAACCUGAAGGUGAAUCGAUUAGACAGGAAGUUCUGCUACUAGUUGCAUACUAGGGUGGAUCCUAUGAGUAGUGUGUUGUGAUUUGAGGAUGGUGUUGAGUUGCCUCUAAGUCCCAUGUAGUGAAAUUGUGUGCUAGGAAUUCCGUACACACGCAAGCCUGUUCCUCUGACUUGUGAAAAGUUGGAUAUAAACAUGAACAAAAGAGUUAAGCUGAUUGACAAGUGGUUUGGAGUUUUGGAUGCACAGGGAGGGACGCACAUCUUAAUUGGGCGGGUUGUAGAUGCGAUACAAUUAGCUUUAGAAGCAAAGGGGUUAUCAGGCGGGCCCUUAGUUGAUGAUGAUGACGUGUUAUAUUUUAGGACUGCUUUUCUUGUUGUUUUGUUGGGUAUGGUGUUAUGUCCUUCAACUGACGACGGUAAUUUGUCGAUAGAGAUUUUGUCGGCCGUUGCGAUAGCUCAUGAGGCAGAGCUGUACAAUUGGGCAUAUCAGACAAAGUUUCAGCAGAAGUUUGGGAAGUAUGGUUUUGUUGCUGGUUGUGGUGGGUGUAUGUUGUUUUUACAGCUAUUUUACGUUGACCAUUUGAGUUUGACUCCUAAUUCAUAGGGUGAGAUGCCGAGGAUUGAUGUGUGGACGCAGGAGAGAGUGAGCGGUGUUGUUAAAAAAGACAAGAGGCUAUCUGGUGACUAUGGAAAGUUGAAGGUAAGCUUAGGCUUGUCAUUCGUCUGUAUUUAUUGAUGGUGUUGUUGGUUGUAUAUUGAUGUUUCCUACGGGGAGCGCCAUCCUCGCCUUGCGAGGGAUAGGAGAUUGCCGCAGGAGUUUGCCGGAUGCUCAAUGGAGGAUCUGAUUGUUAGAAAGGUAGUGAAAGCAUUAAAUCCUCGGUUGGAAUCAAUCGAGCACUGGCUGGAGACAUUGUCCAGGAAAAGGGUGAAAAGUGACAGUGGCAGGGGAAGUCAACCUUUGAAGGGACUGAGUGCAGUUGUAGAGGCUGCAUUGAUGGCAAAGGGGGCUGAUGCAGCACCUUAGAAGAAAAGUGUUCAAUGGGUUGACUUGGAUUUAGGUAAUAGGAUCGUGGAAGGUGAUCUUAUUAUGAUGGAUUUUGAAAAUUUAUCCUCAUAAAUGUGGUGCUUCAGAGCAUAUAGCUGAAGGGGUGUUUGCUGAAGUUGAUGCUGGAUUGGGUGGUCAGAAUGCAGGAGGAGAGAAUGCUGGGUUGGGAGGAGACAAUGCAGCGAGGCAGCUGGACAAUAGUGCUAGGUUGGUAGGAGGAGAGAAUGCUGGGUUGGGAGGAGACAAUGCAGCGAGGCAGCUAGACAAUAGUGUUGGGUUGGUAGGAGGAGAGAAUGCUGGGUUAGGAGGAGAGAAUGCAGGAGUAGAGAAUGCAGGGUUGUUAGGGAAUAAGAAUCCAGUAGCUGGGGAUGGAGAAAUUGGAAAGGGGGGGAAGAACGGUGGAGACGAUAGUGAAAAAAAUGGUGGUGGAGAGGAUGCAGAAGAUGAUGGGGAGAGUAUUCCAAGAAAGAAGAAUUCUGGAGAUGAUGAUGAAGUUGGGGAACGGAAUGCAGCUGAUAAGGCUGAUGAGGGAAAUAGGACUGCUGAUGCCGAGAGUCUAGGAGACAAAGGUAAUGGGGAUAAAGAAGGUGAACCUGUGCAGCAGGGCAAGAAAAAAAAACGAGGAAAGCAGUUCUUUUGGGGGUAAAGGGAAUCCAAAGAAGAGGGAUAGGGGUAGGACUCGUAGUGCGAGUAAACGACCGCGGAGUGAGGUCAUCCUGUCCUAGAAACCUAAGACUUAUGGCAUUGUGGAGCGGAAUGUAAACACGUUGAUAAAGAAUUGGAAAGUAAGGACUAAUGGUGUUAGUGGGGGAGUUGCUCUGAUCAUGUGCGAUGGGAUGGAUGCAACAGUUGGGGAUUUCCAUGGUGUUUAAAAUGUGCGAGAACGUGUGAGCAGCCAAUACAUUAGGCGGCAGCUAAGCUGUAUACCAAACAAUGGGCUGCUAUGUACACGGGUAGCUGCAGGAGAAUUAUGUUAGAUAAUACGUUCUCGGACCGCUUAAUGAGAGAAGUAGAGGCGCCUGACGUUGCAGCAAAGAAGCACGACCAAAGUUUCAAUGGCCUGGGUAUCAGCGACAUUGGAGUGGUCUUUGUACCUAAUUUGCAAAAGGACCACUGGUGGUGUGCCGUUUUUGAAUUUCAGAAUGAGUGCGUAUGGUACAUUGAUACCAUGUUCUCUGAUCUUAUUAUGCAACAUAGAGAGGUCCUUGAAAAGCUGAUUUGUGACAGCAAAUGGGAAGGUGAGAAGCUUGUAGACUGGAAAACUGAUGUUGUAAAGAUCAUGGAACUGUAUGACAAUCAAAGCUGUGGUGUCAUCAUGCUGUGCAGUAUUAAGGAGCGUGCGUACCAGUUUACUUAUCGCUUUGGUGUGGGGAGGCUGGAUCUUGCUUGAGAAAAAUAUGUUGUAUGAUGAUCUUCACAAUGAUGAAAACGAAUUAAGACCCACAUUUUCGGAGUUUCCAGGGGUCGAGUCGGACUCGGUUUGAUUGUGGUUGAUGAUGAAAUUGCUUUUCUUUGGUUGUAGUUUUGUAAACUGUUGGUCUAUAUGUAGAAGUGGUCUAACUUUGGAGUCGGCUCCAUUGUUGAAUGUUUUGGAACUAAGUAUUUUAGUAAAUUCAAGGAUUAUGGUAUCUAUAUCGUAAAUAUUGGUAUAUGUAAUUUGAAUGGUAAAUGUUGGUCUAUAUUAGCAGCAUGUGAGUAUGUUACUUGACAUAACUGGUUUGGUCUAUA